AUGUCUGGGGCCCCAACAUUUAAUGGUAAGGAGGUCAGUGAAUUCCUGAGGACCUUACAUUCAUUGUUUAGGAACCAUGAAAUCACACACCAUGAAAUCACACAUGAAGAGGACAAGAUAAAUGCCCUGUGUGAUUAUGUGUCAGUAAGUGUGUGUGAGUGGGUAGAGAGCCUCCCUGAAUACAAGAGGAAGGACUAUGAAGGAUUGGAGAAGCGGCUCCUAGAGGAGUAUCGGGACCAGGAUUCAGCACAGGCCAAGCUCAACAUAGGCUGGCUUGGCAGGUUUGUUGCUCAGAAACGGUCAACAGAUGACAACUGGAUCAAGUAUGUCCGCGAAUUUAGCAACGUCUCUGGUGAACUGAUGCGCCGAGGCCAGCUGGUGGAAUUCUUGAGAACAGAGAUGUUCCUGCAGGGUCUGCCGGAGGAAGUCCAGGUUGAAGUGGUAAGGAGGGCGAAGAUUAGCCCUCAGAAGUUUGAGACUAUGAAGUUCGCAAGGGCCCGGGAGGCAGUUGAAGAAUAUCUGGAGGAAGUGGCUGGAUUAAAUUUAAUUCGGCAGGGUCAUGAAGGGAAGCUUGCGAACUUCGCAGAGGAAGUGUCAGCUGCGCAUAGCUUAGUAGUUGUGCAGCCAGAUGGGAGAGUCCCAGAUGAACAACGACAGCCAGAGGACAGAGAACCAGUGCCUACAGGGAAGCGGCAGGUGCCAAGAACAGCCCCGGGAACGAGACACCAGGAAACGCUAGAUGACCUGGCUGAACGGAUGAGGAAAAUGGAAAUCAGCCUCAUGGAGGUGAGACAGAACGACUUCCGAAGACAUGGGCUAAAUGACAUACCCAACCGACGGGGCUAUGUGCCAAUCGCGGGUGACCAAUGCCGGUUUUGUCUGGAAACGGGUCACACCAACAUACGGGGGACAUGUCCACGGUACCAAGCAUUGGCCGCCCAGGGUCUAUGCCAUAUUGCUGAAGAUGCCAAAGUCCAUUAUAGAUUGCCUACUUUGGUACGAUGUCGUCAGAUAGCGACCGCUCAGAGCAUUGUGCCAAGGGCACUGCAAAACCCUGGAUCUCCCGCAUUUCCUAUCUUGGAACACCGUAGAACCGCUGACACCGACAUACUAAUGUAUGGUGGAGCCCGCAGCCGGUGA